UCAACAGGUUGCUGUUAGACAAACUUGGUGUGUGGAUCAUUCUUAACAAGGCCAGUAGUAACCCGCACACACACGAAAGGGGACACCUUCGCACAGUUAUCUUCAUCAAUAUUGAUGAUUACAGAGUUGUCUAAGAAGAUGCAAGCAAGAAGACCCCUAGGAAGCUGUGCUAUAAUACUUUUCUUUAUUAUUCAGACUGCAACAGGCGACCUUAGAUGUUUACGAAAGGGAGGAAAAUGUCAGGAGAAUUCAAUACCAUGCGACAAUUACCAAAAAGGGUUAUGUAAUGGUGGACGAACCAGACAGUGCUGUAUUUCCAACCAAGUUGCUGACAAACCUUGCAGAGAUAAAGGAGGUAAAUGUCAACAGACCUCCGUGUCCUGUAGAGGGACAUACACGAGCGGAUUGUGUGGAGGAUCAGCGUCCAGGAAGUGCUGUGUCCCACAGUCAGGAUCGGCGAGUUGUAGUGCAGCGGCAGCGGCAGUAGCAUGCAAGAUUAAAAACUCCUCAAAGAUUACCUUGUUAAAAAUAAACCCAUCACAAGUGAAAGACGAAGCAGAUCCUUACAGCAAUAUCAGGGAUGCAUGUGCUAGAAAAGUUGCCAAGCGGUCAAGUUAUAAAUGUAGAGAAGGACAGGCACCAGGUGGCUCUACCUGUCUGGACUUGAAAAUUCUACAAUACAUUUACAACUUGGGAACUUCUACCAAAUACCAAGUACAGGUAAACGCCAUCGCCGGAGCGUGCCACUCUAAUGGCUCCAAACAUUAUGAUGGAAAAGCUGUCGAUUUUCAAUUAUUUGGGAGCGGAACUGCAAAAGCAGCACAAGAAAAAGCUUUCAGAGAUGAAUGUACAAAACAUAAGGGCUGGUCCCACGGCGGUACACAUGUUCAUUGCCAAAUAGUAUAACUAUCACGAGAAAUACUCCUGCAAACCUGGAUUUGUACACUAUCGAUGACGAGAGCGUAUAAACAGUCAUGAUAUCGAUGUCACAUACAAUAUAUAAUAAAAUCCAUCAAUUAAUAUACUGCGUUCACUAUGUCACUAUGACAGAAUCGAAAUUGCCCUUUUAUCCAUGUAAGUGUAGAAAGUUUUCAAUAUCAAUUAUUUACACAAGAUCAUUUCUUGUUUAUGUAUGUUAAACAAUAAAUAAUCAAUGAAUAUUUAUGUCCUAUUAUGCAGCGAUGUUGCAAAUAUUCUCGCAAUUCAGCGAUGUACAGAGCAGUACAAAUGAAAAAGUAUGUAGAAAAUAUACAUGUAGCAUUUGUUCAAAAUAUUUCUGUUAUUUUUGUCUUGCCUUCGAACUUAAUUAUCAUAGACUGUAGCUUUAAUUUACCAAAUCAUAAAAUUGCAGUUACUUGAGUGCCAAUGAGUUAAUUAAUACUUGUAGUUAAUCGGGCUUUUCUCCAAACACAAAUGUCGUUUUCGUAGUUAAUAGGGCUUUUCCCCAAAAACUCAUGCCAUUGAAAACGACGGAAAGGAAGAUUGUUGCAAUAAUUGUAAUAAACAUUAAAGAUGGUUACAACAUUAAUAGAAGAAAUGUAAAAUAUAAUUUUGUGACUGAUGAAAAGUUGUGGUUGUUUAGUUGAAUCAACAAACCAUGCUUAUUCAACACAGUGGUUCCCAACCACCAUCCCAACCCAGAG